CCCAGUAUUAACAGCUAUCAUUUUCGUUCUCAGUUCAUAACACUCGUGAACAUGGUGAAUACAAAUAUUCAGUUGAAGCUCAGUUCAGUUGUGGUUGUUCUGGAUGACUACAUGCUUCAACAUAACAGGCCUACAAAAAGAAUUAAUGAACAGGAGAAAACAGUUGUAGUUUACUCAUAGGAGACUUUGAAAUAUUUCAAGGAUAGCACCUUUAAAACCCAUGAUAACGAAACGAAUGAAAUGACAGCAAUUCUGGUAACAAUUGAAAGUGACGAGUUCUUUUCCGCUAAAUGCAAAUGUCUUAGUGAAUUCGAAACAAACUCAAUCUUCUACAAAUUCAUUUAUCUACAUGUAUGAAUGAAGUUCUACGAUUUUUAAAGGGAUCUUACUCGGGAUGUGAAUUUGUCAAUUCGAAAUAAGCACUAUCUCCUCCAAAUGGGACUGAACCCCUACGAUUCUUGAGGAGAUCUUUCUCGGAAUGGAUCGCCACUUAUAAGGGGAAACAGCAAUCGAAUCUACUUUCUACUAUUUUGACAUCUGCAACGGUGAAGCCCGCCCAAAAUUGUUUUAAUAUACCGCGCCUGACUUUACAAGAUUUUAACCAAGAACAUUAUUUUUUAAAAUAUAGAGGCCAACAGGGGAGUGUUUCAUCAACAUUCGUCCGACAACUUCCUAUAAAUAUGAUUGGCUGAUCAGGAUUGUUACUAUGGUAACUGCUGGAUAAACCAAGCUUGUCGGACAAUUGGUCCGACAAAUCCUGAAACCCUCCCCCAGAUCGUCCAGUUGGGGGAAUUUUAAGACAAAACUUUGCUUUCCUGAUCAGAGAUUAUGAUGAUCGGAGAGAUAUGGCACUUACGACCCAGUCCUGUUUAAGCUGUACCUUGAAUGUUUCUGAUGACUCGUGUACGCCAUCUCUUUUAACAUCUUCUUUCUUUGUCUUAUGUGGCAUCGUAACAACAAUAUCUAACAUCAUAAACCUUCUUGCUCUCAAGUUCACAAAGCAAUGCUUCAGCGAGAAUACGCGGAUCAGUUUCCAAGUCGUAGCGAUCGUUGACUUCUCUGUCGGUUUAUUUUGUUGUACUUUCCAUUCAAUCAGGUUUUCAGGGAUACCUAUUACCACGCUGCGUUCUUUCGAUAUCAUCGGAGUGUCUGUCUGCUCCACGCUCUUCAAUCAAUCGGUCAUGAUCCUUUCCUGUAUUAGUAUCGAUCGAUAUAUCGCCGUCACAAGACCAUUGCGAUACAAUGCGAUAAUGACACACGGUCGGAUGAAGUUACUUCUAGUAUCCGGAAUCCUCAUAGGAACGAUAACUUCCUCUUCAAGUUUGCUCCACAAGGCACUGACUGGAAUCGAUGACGUCAUUUUUGCGUCGGCAGACAUAGCAUCGAAUCCGAUCCACAUCGUAUAUUUCAUACCGAUUGUUACGUCAGCAAUUGUGACGGCAUUUUGCAAUAUUGCGAUGAUGCGCGUCGCCAGAAGACACCGGCGGCUGAUAGCGACUCAAGUCAUUCGGAAGCACCCCCAUCAAGAACCAAAUCAAUCAAUGAGCGAUGAAACAGUUUCGUAUAGAAACAAAGACGUCAGGACAGUUCUUGCCGUGACGGGUGCAUUUUAUAUCACGUGGGGUGCUGCGGUCUCUUCAAGCAUCGUAAGCGCCUUGACUGGAAUUCGAAUCCCUUGUAUCGCUAGAAACCUUAUUCUCGUACUGACCAUCAGUAACAGUUUCUGGAACGUGUUGAUAUACCUCCUGAUGAAACCGUUAUUCCGUCGUACCGUUUCAGAAAUGCUCCGCAGAUGGAGGCGUUGAUAUCAUUACAUCACAUUUAUAAUAUACCGAUUUACAUCAAGUUGACCGAGAGUUGGCCAACCAUUUAUCAGAUGAAAGACAUAAUACAUGUACUUCAAUAACGAAAAAAGGGGGAUGGGACAAUUUAAAGGUGAAAGUUUUAGAAAAUCAAAUUCAACAACUUUCCUUAAUUUCAGACUUCAAAAUAUGAGCAAUUUAUGACGAUUACUGAUC